AUGACAUAUCCCGCACAGGCAGACCGCAUCUUGGUCAUGACCACCAACGCUAUCGGGCAGCUGGCUCGCGCUCCCCUACGUUCCGGGCGCGUUAAUCUGAAGGGGGGCAGAUUCGUCAACGUUUCUCGCCAGCCUACUCUGAGUAGACGUGAGAUUAUAUUGUCCAAUCUGCUAUCCUCGCAUAAUGCCCCUUCAUGUCGUUACCGUGCAGCAGAGGUCCAGAAUUACCUCUUGCAGUACACAAGUCGUGCUUUGGAAGCAGUCAAGGUGUUUUUUACCUCGUUAGGUAAACCGCAACUGCACUUCUACUUCGAUACCGAUUGCGAGGAAGACUUGUCUUCCUUUUAUCCCCCAGGCUCACCGGAUGUAUUCAUGUUCAACGGCCAAAUCUACAGCAUUUGGGUAAAUGUCGCGAUCUUCUCUCGGCACAGAGCGAGCAACGACAAGGCGAACAAUCAAGUCCUUAUCCUUCUCCAACAUGCUUCAAAGGAUCUCAAGUCUGGGUAUUGGGACACCUUUAACGAGAUCUUCGGAUCGGCGGGGAAUUGCGUUAUAUAG